AUGGUUAUUGAAUUUAGCGGAAGUGAAUUCAACGGAGAAAUGGAAGUAGAAACUACAGAAGUACUUCACUACGACACUUUUUUAUUAUAUGCACGUAGCGAAAAUUUAUCUGAUAGAGAAAUUGCGAUCCGCGAUCUGUCGAAAAUAUUACGAACGUUGAACAUCGAGAAAGGGCAACGGCAAAUUGAAGUUGUUUUUAGUCUGAUUGAAAAUGUGUUUGCUAAAGAAACAGAUAGUAAAUUAUGUGGUAUGUUAGUGGAACAAGUUCCAUCAUUGUAUGUUGAAUUUAUGGCAGUAGAAUACUUGUUGAAAAGGGUCCACAAAGUAUUCUCAGCAUUAUUAGCGAAUGCGCUGGAUCAUGCUGCGGACGAUGUACGUAAAUCAGCAAUUGGUGCCAUUGAUUCUUUGGUGGAGCGACGCAUAUUGCCACAAGGUAUUUUUUCAUGUUAG